GGUAAAGGGGGGGCAGGGGGAGGGGGGGCACUGGGCACCCAGCCUGGCUCACUCUCGACUGGCACUGUUCACCACCACCAGCUAACGGGACUCACUGCUCACUUUCUGUUCACCCACUGAGAAGAAGGAGAGAAGGAGGGAUGAACGUGUGGUCAGCAGAGCAUCCAUGCCUCAGGGAGAGCAGCUGAUCCUGGGUGAAGGAGAGAAGUGGAAGGUCACCUGACCGAGGCUACCUGAGGAGUCUUACAGACCCGGCAGUCUUCUCCCAACUCGGGUUCUUCCCGGGUUCCUUUAGUCCGGUUCUGGCAGGGUGUAGAUUUGUGGAGUUAAUGAGGACGUUCUGUUUACGGUGCUGACCCAAUCAGCAGCCAUGUCCACGGCUCAGGCCAUGAACCGCAACGGCAUCUACAGCUACUUCCUCAACAUGGUGGCCUACCAGAUAUGUUGUUGCUGUGGCCCCGCCCCCUGCUCACUGUGCUGCUCCUUCUGCCCACCAAUCAAAUCAUCCUCCAGUACGCGAGUGAUGUACACACUGUUCCACAUCCUGGCCUGCACUGUCUCGUGCCUCAUGCUCUCUCGCAACGUCUCGGAGGCAGUGAGGGAGAAUGUGCCUUUCUUUAACAUGGUGUGUGACGAGGCUCACGGCGGGGGGGACUGUGAGAUGUUGGUGGGAUACUCGGCCGUGUACAGGGUCUGUUUCGGCACCGCCUGCUUCUACCUGAUGAUGGCGCUCUUCCUCAUCGACGUGAAAUCCAGCCAGGAUUACCGAGCCCUCAUCCACAACGGGUUCUGGUUUUUGAAGUUUAUCACGUUGCUAGGGAUGGUUGCCGCGGCGUUCUUCAUCCCGACAGAGUCAUUUCUGCACGCCUGGCACUAUGUGGGAGUGGUGGGAGGUUUUGCCUUCAUCCUCAUUCAGCUGAUCCUCAUCACAGCGUUCGCUCACACUUGGAAUAAGAACUGGUUAACCGGGGCGGCUGAAGAUAAGCGCUGGUACGUGGCGGUUCUGUGCGCCACCCUGUUUUUCUACACGGUGGCGACGGCCGCCUUUACCUUCAUGUACAAGUACUACACCCACCCCGCCGCCUGCCGCGUCAACAAGGCCCUGCUCUGGACCAACCUGGGUCUGUGUGGCAUCAUGAGCUUCAUCGCCGUCACGCCCUGCGUCCAGCAGAAGCAGCCUCGCUCAGGUCUGCUGCAGGCCUCCAUCAUCAGCUGCUACGUCAUGUACCUCACCUUCUCCGCACUGUCCAGCAGACCACCUGAGAAAGUGGAGUAUCAGGGACUGAAUAUGACGGUGUGUUUCCCGAACGUGGGUCGGGACGAGAUCCAGAACGAGGGGAACGCUGUAGCCGUCAUCGGCGCCGCCAUCAUGUACUGCUGUGUUCUGUUUGCGUGUAACGAAGCUUCGUAUCUGGCCGAGGUUUUCGGGCCGUUCUGGAUGAUCAAAGUUUAUCGUUAUGAAUUUCAGAAAGCGACCUGCUGUUUCUGCUGUCCUGAGGAGGAGGAAGUGGAGGAGGAGUUUGUGAUGGAUGACGACAGUAAAGGAUGUCAGAAGGUGAUUCAUAACGAGACUCAUCGCGUGGCCUACAGCUACUUCUUCUUCCACUUCGUCUUCUUCCUCGCCUCGCUCUACGUCAUGAUGACCCUCACCAACUGGUUCAGCUACGAGACGGCGGUGCUGGAGACCACCUUCACCCACGGCAGCUUCUCCACCUUCUACGUGAAGCUCUCGUCCUGCUGGGCCUGUGUGGUUCUGUACCUGUGGCUCCUGCUGGGUCCGCUGUGCCGGUGCCGGUCCGACUCUAAACGCCCGCGCCGCUCCCGGAUCAAGAGGAGGAUGGCUUCCCAUCGUCACGUCAGCGUCAGCGUCUGACCAACCAGAAACCGCUUCAGGAACCGCUUCAGGAGCGCGGCAGUGACGGACCUUUACUUAAAGAAUUAAACUGGGCCAGUUUACUGUAAACGCCCUGAAGCUACUGGAGUAAUACCACCAUCCAGAACCAGCGCUGGAGUAAAGCGGGCGGAGCCAGAUCGGUACUCUGGAGCAGAUUGUUUUAUGUUUACGAUUUUGACGGCACGCCGUUGGGACUGUGCUAAUUUUGCCAAAAGGACCACAAAGGUGAAGAAAAUAACCGGGACUAUAAUCAGCUUUAGUAACACUGGAUUAAUGAUUCAUUACAGAAGUUAUAAUACUCAAUCUUUAGUUUUAUUUAAAAGGUCAGUAGUUAUUUAAGUUCUUUAUUUUGUGAGUUUUGUCCUGUUACAACUCCAAAUCAGAAAACUCUGGGACAGAAUGGAAAAUAUAAGUUAAUAAUUCUGUUUAUUUCAUUUUGCUUUUAUUUGAUUGCAGAUGGUAAAACCAGAGAUAUUUCAUUUUAUAUCUGCUCAACUUUAUUUAAUUUAUUAACAAACAUCCAUUCCUGCAUUUCAGACCCAAAACACAUUCCAAACACAGUUGGGACAAUAAAAUGUUUUUAAAGCUAGUAAUGAUGUUAGUAAACAAUAACUAAAUAAUGAUGUGAUUUUAAACAGGUGAUUAUAAUCAUAACCUGGCAUAAACUGAUAUCCAGUAAAGUUUGAGUCUCUGAGGAGUAAAGAUGAUCACAGGACAAAAUCCAUGAAAAAAUGAUUGAAAUGUUCAAAAACAACGUUCCUCUCAGAAAGACUGGAAAAUAUCUGCAUAUUUCUCCCUCUACAUCCCAUAAUAUCAUUAAACCAUUGUUGAACCAUCAUUUAAUAACAGCUGAUAGAACUCGGGCCACUUCUCUACAAUACAGAGUUACUAUAUUCACUAAUACCACUUACAAAGCUCCGCCCACUUCUCUACAAUACAGAGUUACUAUAUUCACUAAUACCACUUACAAAGCUCCGCCCACUUCUCUACAAUACAGAGUUACUAUAUUCACUAAUACCACUUACAAAGCUCCGCCCACUUCUCUACAAUACAGAGUUACUAUAUUCACUAAUACCACUUACAAAGCUCCGCCCACUUCUCUACAAUACAGAGUUACUAUAUUCACUAAUACCACUUACAAAGCUCCGCCCACUUCUCUACAAUACAGAGUUACUAUAUUCACUAAUACCACUUACAAAGCUCCGCCCACUUCUCUACAAUACAGAGUUACUAUAUUCACUAAUACCACUUACAAAGCUCCGCCCACUUCUCUACAAUACAGAGUUACUAUAUUCACUAAUACCACUUUACUACAACUUUACUACUGUACACAACACAAGCCUUAUGUUCACCAUGACCAGAAGAAGCUCCGCCCACUUCUGUACUGGGUAAUCAGCGAUCAGUGGAUUUUGUUUAGACGUAUCGAGACAGUGCUCUGCUUUCAGGACGACGUGUUUUACAGGAACUUUAUCGUGAUGUUAAACCACAUAAUAAAGGCGAGGCUGUGGAAGAAGAGGAUCCUGGACUGUCCUGAAUGUUUGUAGAUAAUUUGCCACAUGUUUACAGAAAGAAUGGGACAAAAUAACUGAAACACUUCAACACUUGCUAUUAAUUCAGUUUAUUCAGAGUAGUGAGAACGUAGAUAAACAUUAUAAAGUGGUAAAUUAAUUACUGUCUCAGCUGUGUUUGAAAAUGCAGGAAUGAAAUAUCUCUAAUUUUAAUGAUUGGUAUUUUCUAUAGUGUCUCACUGUUUUCUGAGGUUGUAUCAUGUUUGCUGUCACUCAGUGAUCUGUGGCUAAUUUAAAGCAGCUGUAUGCUGUGGGGGGAGGGUCCUUCCCAGGCCCCGCCCCUCUGAUCAGCCAUUUGCCACAGGGAGAGAAAACUUUAACAACUUUACUAAACCACAUCUGAACCUCCCCGACCCGUUAAACCCUGAUUACAGGUUUAUCUCAGCGUGUUUAUGAUGGUUAUGGAGGAUAAGCUAUUUUUGUAAAUAUAUUUUUAACAAAACACA